GCCGACGUGGCCGCCGAGGUCAAGUGCUUACGCCGCCUCAUCGGCAUGCGCUGCGCCAAUGUCUACGAUCUCUCUCCCAAGACCUACAUGCUGAAGCUCAUGAACAGCAGCGGCGUCACCGAGUCCGGCGAGAGCGAGAAGGUCUUCUUGCUCAUCGAAAGCGGCGUCAGAUUGCACACUACUGCCUAUGUUCGGGACAAGAGUAAUACUCCGUCUGGAUUUACGCUCAAAAUAAGGAAGCAUAUACGAACAAGAAGGCUGGAGGAUGUGAGGCAGCUCGGAUAUGAUCGGAUUAUAAUGUUUCAGUUUGGACUUGGUGCUAAUGCCUACUAUGUUAUACUGGAGCUGUAUGCGCAAGGAAAUAUUAUACUAGCGGAUUCGGAGUAUAUGGUCAUGACUCUUCUUCGCUCGCAUAGGGAUGAUGAUAAAGGGGUUGCAAUUAUGUCACGCCAUCGUUACCCAAUAGAGAUUUGUCGAACUUUUGAGCGAACAACUUCUGCAAAGUUGCAGGAAGCCCUUACAUAUUCCAAAGAACCAGAUAAAAGUGAACCUGUUAAAGAUUCUGAGGGUGGAAAUGAGGCAUCUGAUGUGGCGAAAGAAAAAAAGGGGGGCAAGAAAGGUGGGAAGCCUGUCGAGUCAAGUAAAAAGUCUGGUGAUGCUAAAGCCAAACAUGCCACUUUGAAGAAUGUUCUAGGGGACGGACUGGGUUAUGGGCCUGCUCUUUCUGAGCAUAUUAUUUUGGAUGCUGGUCUUGUUCCAAAUGCUAAAGUUGGUAAAGAUGAAAAGCUAGAUGACAAUACACUAAAGCUUUUGCUCGAAGCUGUUGCAAAAUUUGAGGACUGGCUGCAUGAUGUUAUAUCUGGCGAAAAAGUUCCUGAAGGGUACAUUUUGAUGCAGAACAAAAAUUCAGGGAAGAAUGGUUCCCCAUCUGAACCAGGAAGUUCUGUUCAGAUAUAUGAUGAAUUCUGCCCCUUACUAUUGAACCAAUUCAAGUUGAGGGAGUAUGUGCAGUUUGAAACAUUUGAUGCAUGUUUGGAUGAGUUCUAUAGCAAAAUCGAAAGUCAAAGGUCAGAGCAGCAGCAAAAGGCAAAAGAGAGCUCUGCCACCCAGAGGCUUAAUAAAAUCCGUGUGGAUCAGGAAAAUCGUGUGCAUAUGCUAAGGAAAGAGGUUGACCAAUGUGUUAAAAUGGCGGAAUUGAUAGAAUAUAAUUUAGAAGAUGUGGAUGCCGCUAUAUUAGCUGUUCGUGUAGCUCUUGCAAAGGGCAUGAGUUGGGAGGAUCUUGCUCGUAUGGUAAAGGAGGAGAAAAAAUCUGGAAAUCCUAUUGCCGGACUCAUUGACAAACUUUAUCUUGAAAGAAAUUGCAUGACUUUGCUUUUGAGCAACAAUCUUGAUGAAAUGGAUGAUGAUGAGAAGACUCUCCCUGCAGAUAAGGUUGAAGUUGAUAUAGCGCUUUCUGCUCAUGCCAAUGCUCGGCGGUGGUAUGAACUAAAGAAAAGCAAGGAGAGCAAACAGGAGAAGACUGUAACUGCACAUGAAAAAGCGUUUAAAGCUGCUGAAAGAAAGACUCGUCUGCAGCUGUCACAGGAAAAAGCUGUUGCUACCAUUUCACAUAUGCGCAAGGUUCACUGGUUUGAGAAAUUUAACUGGUUCAUCAGCAGUGAAAACUAUUUGGUUAUCAGUGGACGUGAUGCUCAACAAAAUGAGAUGAUAGUCAAGCGCUACAUGUCGAAAGGAGAUCUGUAUGUCCAUGCAGAUUUGCAUGGUGCUUCUAGUACUGUAAUAAAGAACCAUAGGCCUGAACAACCAGUGCCUCCACUUACUUUAAAUCAAGCUGGAUGCUACACAGUUUGCCAAAGUGCGGCGUGGGACUCAAAGAUGGUCACUAGUGCUUGGUGGGUUUAUCCUCACCAAGUCAGUAAAACUGCUCCUACAGGAGAGUAUCUUACAGUUGGAAGUUUCAUGAUUCGUGGGAAGAAAAACUUCCUUCCCCCACACCCCCUGAUUAUGGGCUUUGGGCUGUUGUUUCGGUUGGAUGAGAGCUCCUUGGGUUCACAUCUGAAUGAGAGGAGGGUAAGAGGUGAGGAGGAAGGGACAAAUGAUGCUGAUGAGAGUGGGCCUUUAAGUGAGGUUUCUGAUUCUGAGUCGGAGAAGGAUUUGAGAGAGGAAAAACUUCCAGGAGAAUUAGAAAGUGUACAAGAUUCAUCUAAACACGUACAUCAACCAGACCAUAUAUCCUCUCUGAAUAGCUUACCGACAACUGUUACUAAACCAGUGGACUCAAAUGAAAGUUCCUUGAAAAACAGGAACAUCUUGAAUGAUGUUGAUCAAGAGAACGUAGUUGAUGUUGCUAUGGAUGGUGUUCCAUCUGUCACUCCACAACUUGAGGACCUUAUUGAUAGAGCUCUUGGGCUUGGAUCUGCAUCUAUGUCUGGUAAUAAGUAUAAAUUUGAGACAUCUCCAGUUGAUUUGGUAGUAGAACAUAAUGUUGAAGAGAAUAAGGCUACAGAAAAAGAGAAAGCUUAUAUCUCGAAAGCUGAAAGAAGAAAGCUCAAGAAAGGCCAGAGCGUUCCUGAAGAUGUUAAGCCGAAAUUAGAAAAAGUGAAAGAGAAUGUUUCUGUCUGUCUGCCUGAAAAGGAAGUUAAUGAUAAGAAGCCAGGUGGUGGAAAAACCAGCCGUGGACAGAAGGGUAAACUCAAGAAGAUAAAAGAGAAAUAUGCCGAUCAGGAUGAGGAAGAAAGAAGGAUUCGUAUGGCUUUACUAGCUUCUGCUGGAAAUGUACAGAAGAAAGGAGAGGCACAAAACGGAGAGAUAGCUCCAGUGGUGGACAAGAAACCUGGUCCUGAAGAGGGUGCAAAAAUAUGUUAUAAAUGUAAGAAGGUAGGUCAUCUGUCUCGAGAUUGCCAAGAACAUCAAGUUGAUACAUCAGACAGACAUGCAAAUGGUGGAGUUGAUGAGGAAUCUAAUGCCUUGGAUAAAGCUACUUCUGAACUAGACAAGGUUACAAUCGAGGAGGAUGAUAUUCAUGAGAUAGGUGAAGAGGAGAAAGAAAAAUUGAAUGAUGUGGAUUACUUGACUGGCAAUCCACUGCCCAGUGAUAUUCUCUUGUAUGCGGUGCCUGUAUGUGGUCCUUACAACGCAGUCCAAUCUUACAAAUAUCGAGUGAAGAUAAUUCCAGGCUCUGUGAAGAGAGGAAAAGGUGCAAAAACUGCCAUGAACUUGUUUAGCCACAUGCCGGACGCAACUGCUAGAGAGAAAGAGUUGAUGAAAGCGUGUACUGAUCCUGAGCUGGUUGCUGCAAUUAUUGGAAAUGUGAAGAUUACAGCUGCAGGUCUCUCUCAAUUGAAGCAGAAGCAAAAGAAAGUCAAGAAGAAUACAGCAAAAUAGGUAGAAGCUAUGAUCAACUUAGUGCUGCAUCAAGUUUUGUAAAGACUAAAGACAAACCACAGUAGUUUUCAGCUACGGGUUGCGAUCCAAAAUGUUAUUCUACUAUACUCUACUGUC